CCCCCCCCUGCCCAACGAGACAACACACAAGUGGAGACCAAGAACACCGCCAAGCGUCCCGCACCCGGCCCUGCAGAGCCCACCCGGCCCCGGACCAAGGUCGCCCGCCAAGCCCAGGAACCACAUCCAGACCCAGGAGCCCCUUCGAGGAAUGAACAAGCGACCAAGAACACCGCCAAGCGUCCCGCACCCGGCCCUGCAGAGCCCACCCGGCCCCGGACCAAGGUCGCCCGCCAAGCCCAGGAACCACAUCCAGACCCAGGAGCCCCU